GACAUGUUAAUAACAGCCGUCUAACUGCCAUCCAUUGCACACCAUGUCCAUAUUUUCUAUGCAUGUUUUAUAAUUCAAAUAAAGAACUCUGCAUUAGUAAACCUCUAACAUGCUUCAAAAAAUGUAAUGACGGAUGGAAGUUUCAGAGUCUGUAAACGUGAAUGACACAAAGUGAAGUUGUUUGUUUGUGGGUGCGGUGGAGGUGAGGCUGUGACUUUCCUUUAUCAUUUGAUCUGUGAAACAACUCCUUUGUGCAUGGUUUGCAAAUAGAGCUGCUGUCAAGUGAUAGUCAUCAUGUGACAUGGACAGUGAGAUUUACAGUUUCUUUCUGGAGAAAUCAAAUCAAUCAAAAGAUAUGUGCACAGAGAACAGUGUUGUCUUCAUUUACCUCGGUUUUGAGUGACCAAUAAGUGACCUGCAUAAAUUAUCUUUAAUAUGCAGAAUAAAUUGUUUAAUGUUUGUUUACAACCUAGGACAGCCAAUACCUUAAACAACAGGUGUCCUGUCUGCUGUCCUGCACUUCUAAGAGACUUACUGGGCAUUACAGGCCUUAUCCUGUUCUCCUGUUUAAGCUGGAUCCUGUUGUGCUGUCAUGGCAUCACAGUGUGUGUAAAAUCUGUCUACAACGGCAAUGUCCAGCAUGUGGUUUUGGCGCUGAGGCUCAAUAAGACACAGUGGAAUGAGAACUGCUUUCUCUUAAAACCAACUCAGCUGUAGAAACAAAUAACAGAUACACACAUUUGCAUUCAGUCUGUUUCUGGAGAACAACAAUGGCAACUGCAUCAAAACAUAAGAGUAAGAGUAUAAAAUUCACAUUGGUCUCCAUCAGCAGAGAGGUGCAGAUCCACCCUGGUGAUGACAUCACACUGCCCUGUCACCUCUCUCCUGAGGCCAGUGCUGUUGCCAUGGAGAUCAGGUGGUUUAAGGGGACAGACUGCAUCUACCUGUAUAGGAAACCAUAUGUGCACGUGCAGACGAGCUUCAAGGGCAGACUGGCCACCAAGACGCUGAAGAAAGGAGACGUGUCUCUGACGAUGAAGAAGAGCACAUGGGGAGACGCGGGGCAGUACACAUGCCAGGUCAUCCAUGGAGAAGAGAAGGAGGAACAGACUGUAGCACUGCAGUUUGAUGAUCAAGGAGAGACAGGAGUCAUAUGCCCUGACUUUCGGAAGAUAACUGAUAGACACGAGAAGCAAAUGGAGGAAUCUGUCCGAGCGAUUGAGGAAGUGAGUAGACAACUGCGUGAGGAGAGGAAGAAGCACGAAGCACAGUUGAUCCAGGAGACACAGAAGGCUUACAAACUGGCCCACGGGGCCAAGCUGAACAAGAAGAUGGCAAAAGCUCUUGCAUACCAGAGAGCUGAGGGAAGGGGGAAACAGCCGAACAGUAAAGAGAUGCUGAGGUGUGACUAUGAGGAGGGAAGACGGAGAGAGGCAGAGAGAAAAUCGACAAACUCGAAACAACAGGAGGAAGUGGGAGAGACGCAGAGAGAGAAUCGACAGGACAACGUAACCAGCCUCUUACGACAGGUGCUCUCUCUGGAAACUGAACUACAGAUGAGGAAUAGCGAAGUGCAGGAGCUGAGGACCCAACUGCAGGACAAGGAGAGAGGAGACAGACAUAAUCAAGUGGAGAGACACAAACAGAGGGAGAGGAGAGAACAUCUGAAUGUGGGAGGAGAGAGUCCUGGUCCAGCCCCCCCAGUGUCUCCUGCUGUGUCUGAGCUGAGGCUGGUGCUGCUGGGGGGGAGCACAGCUGGGAAGAGGGCAGCAGGAAACACCAUCCUGGGCACAAACACACUCACGGAGACCCAGCACAGCAAGAGCAGACAGGGGGAGGUGGCUGGGAGACGGGUUACCACUGUAGAAACUCCGGACUGGUUCUGUAGUGGACUCUCUGAGAAGGACAUGAGAAAGGACGUGGGGCUUUGUGUCCGUCUGUCUGCCCCAGGACCUCACGCCUUCCUCCUGCUGAUGCCAAUGAAGCCAUCUGAAGGGGAGGAGAGGAGGAUGCUGGAGAAAAUGGAGGAUAUUUUUGGGGAGGGCUGUUGGGGACACACACUGAUCCUCUUCACCCAUGCUGAGGGGCUGAGAGAGAGGAGUGUGGAGGAGUUGCUCCAGACAGGGAGCCAGGAGCUCCAGCAGCUGGUAGAGAAAUGUGGCAACAGGUGUCACCUUCUCAACGUUAAGGACAGGCCUGAUGAUACUAAGAUCACACAGCUGCUCGAGAAGAUAGAAGAGAUGGUGUCAGGAAACAGAGAGAGAUUCUACAGCAGUGAGACCUACCAGGAGGCAGAGAGACAGCUCAGAGAGAUAGAGAGAAGGAUGCAGAAAGAACGAGAGGUGGAGGAGAGGAAAGAUAGAGAGGAGAGAGAGAGAAAAGUUGAACUUGAUAAAAUUGUUCAGAAGUAUCUGAAGAAGAUGGACAGGGAGAUUCAGAAGCAUAAAAGACAAAUUAGAACGGUACAUGAUAAAACAACUGAACUAGAGAAAAAAAUAAAUGAAGCAAAUGAUGAGAAGCAAAGAGCAAUGAUGCAGUGUGAAUUGCAGAAAGAGAUUGCACAGAAGGAGGAGAUGGAGACAAAUCUGAAUCAAAUGAAGGAAAAAAAGGAGAAGGAGUUGAGAGAGAUGGAGGAGAUAAGAGAGAGCUAUGAGAGAGAGGCCAGGACUGAAGCAGAGAGAAAGCUCAUGAAGAUCAUCUUCUCUGAACUACAGAGAAACAUCAGCUUCAACAAGGAGAUGAUGGAGGGAGAGCUCAACAGACAGAUGGAGGAGAAGAAUAGAGGGAUUGCGGAGAAGAAGAGAGAGCUAGAGGAGACAAAACAACAGAUGGAGGAGAAGAGUCGAGAGUUUGGAAUAAUUCUUCAGGAACUAAGAGACAAAGGGAAGGCCAUUGAUGAACUGACACUCAGGCAGUGUGAUGGAGACAAACGUAUGGAGGUAGCGAUACUCCUGCAAGACCGAAUAGACAAGGACAGAGAGAUAGAGAGAAUGAAAGAGAUGCUGAAUGAGAAAGACAGAGAGAUGGAGAGGAUGAGACAGAUACUGAAUGAGAGAGAGAGACAGGAAGAGACUUGAGCAAAAUUACUUGACAGAAUGACUGCAAGACCAAUAUUUGGGCAGAAGCCUGCCACAUGGCUACCCCCAUUGCAAACAAAGGGCAUUCUUAACUGCCCAGGGUGCCAGGCCGAACUAAUUAUCAUACAGUGAUGAUCACCUCUGAAAUCUCCUCUGAUCACCUCUGAAAAUGUACAGUAUGUUGUGAAUAUAACACAUUCAUGUUUGGUCUUAAAUUAAUACUUGUAAUGUGGGUAAUAGUCUGAUCAUGGUUUCAUUACAAUGCAAUGUACAGUAUCUGUGCAUAGUUGUGGACUGAGAACUACACUAUAGUCUUUGGGAGGGAGAUUCGCAGGUAUCACACCUACACCACACCCACAGCUCUCAGAUAACAAAGGUCCUGUUGAUUCGGGGUUUGCUUGGAUGAAUGAUAAAAGAGGAGAUGCUUCUCAGCUCGGGCUCUCUUGACUCUUUUCCUUUCUCUGGCCCUCAGCCUCGCUGGCUCUUCUUUCUCUCUCUGUCUGUUUUCUCUCUCCCUCUCUUUCCCUCUCUUUCUAUCCUUUAUUUUGGGAUUGUGUCAAUCUUAUGAUUUGAUAUACUGUUUUAUCUGGUGUAUCUGAGAUCUGAGAACUUGUUAAUUCAUUAAGUUUAAGUUUGUGGUAUUGGUUAAGCUUCUUUUUGUGACAUUGUUGUUAUGUUUUACCUACCUGAGUUACUUUUACAUUGAAUUGAAGUGAUAUUGGUUACACUUACUGUACCGUUAAGGCCCAAUGCCAAAUAAAUUGUUCACUUAACCACCA